AUGUGUUUUAGGCCAUUUCUGUCCAUUCCUGUGGAUUCCAGUGGAUUCCUGUGCCAUUCCUGCAGGAAUCAGUGGGGCAUGAUGAAGUACUGCUCGACAUCUCGAAAACUACCAUCCCUGCUGAUAAUGACAGCAGCAAAUACAAAUGAUGCCCCCACUUCCAAGAAGGUGUUUCUGAAACCAGUCUCUGAGUGGGCUGCAGCUGCACGGGCUGUUGCUAUCGCCAACAACUCCAAGCUUGGUUCCAGCGAGUCUGUCGGAGGUGCCACCACGAGCACUGCCCCUCGAAAACUAUCAUCCCCGCCAAGAAUGACAGCAGCGAAUACAAAUGAUGCCCCAACAUCCAAGAAGGUGGUUCUGAGACCACUCUCUGACGGCUUUGCAGUCCACCACCGCUCAAUCUCCACCAAACCAAAACCAUGCCCCAUCAAGAAGCCGACAGCCGUCAUUUGGGAUUCUGGUGAUCUCUUUCUCGUCAAGCCCUCUGCCAGCAUUGGGGUACCAGUGGCCAUACGGCGCUUACUACCCUCUGUAUGGCUAUCCACCACUGGCUGGGGCUACCAACCAUGGAGCCAAGACCACCCAGCUGGGACUGCUGCAUCUGGUUCAGACUUUCCCCCCUUCCCUCCCCCACAUCCCAGGCUUCCCUAUCCCCCGCCUCAUGGAUACUAUCCCCCUGGUGCCGUGGCGGCCUUGCGAAGCCAGCUAAUGCGGAGGCUGGUCCCUCAUGGCUGGUAUUGUUAUAUUACUGUAUUUAUUUGUUACUCUCUUGUUUUUUCCCUGUCCCUCCCUUCCCCUUCCUGCCCCCCUUCCUUUUCCUACCCCCCUUCCCUGUCCCUCCCCAUUUCCAUGUACCCCCAUUCCCUGUCCCUCCCUAUUUCCAUGUACCCCCAUUCCCUGUCCCUCCCCAUUUCCAUGUACCCCAUUUCCAUGUACCCCCUUCCUUUUCCCUCCCCCCUUUCCUGUCUGUCCCUCCCCAUUUCCUUGUCCUUACCCCCUUCCCCAUUUCAUGUCCCUGCCCCCUUCCUUUUCCCUGCCUCCUUCCCUGUCCCUCCCCAUUUCCUUAUACCCCCUUCCCUGUCCCUCCCCUGUCCCUCCCCAUUUCCUUGUCCCUACCCCCUUGUCCAUCCCCUCUUCCUUGUCCCCUUUGAUAUGCACUGUGUGAAUUCUAAACUCUGA